AUGAAGCUCGUCUACAUCCUCCUUAUCCUAUUCACAUUCACCGUAUCUCCGGCGGUCUCAACGGCUCCGGAAGAAUGCGACAGCGGCUCGGAGAAUCCGUGCAUCGACAAAGCAAAGGCUUUACCACUCAAAAUCGUAGCCAUUGUAGCCAUCCUUGCGACAAGCUUGAUAGGCGUGACCACUCCUCUUUUCAGCCGUCACAUUUCGUUCCUCCGUCCAGAUGGCAACGGUUUCAUGAUUUUAAAAUGUUUUUCUUCCGGGAUCAUCCUUGGAACCGGUUUCAUGCACGUCUUGCCCGACUCUUUCGAGAUGUUGUCAUCUAAAUGUCUUAGUGAUGACCCGUGGCAUAAGUUCCCUUUCGCUGGCUUUGUCGCUAUGUUGUCUGGUCUAGUCACUCUAGCCAUUGACUCCAUUACCACCAGCCUUUAUACCAGCAAAAACGCUGUUGGACCAGUGCCUGACGAGUAUGGCAUUGACCAGGAGAAGGCGAUUCAUAUUGUAGGCCACAAUCACAGCCACGGUCACGGUCAUGGUGUUGUGCUAGCAGCUAAAGAUGAUAAAAGUUCCGAUCCACAACUUCUGCGGUACCGUGUCAUUGCCAUGGUAUUGGAGCUUGGGAUUUUAUUUCAUUCUGUGGUCAUUGGACUAUCUCUAGGAGCAACUAAUGAUGCAUGCACCAUUAAAGGACUCAUCAUAGCUCUUUGCUUCCAUCACUUGUUCGAAGGCAUGGGUCUCGGUGGCUGCAUCCUCCAGGCAGAUUUUACAAAUGUGAAGAAGUUCUUGAUGGCAUUCUUUUUCGCUGGAACAACACCAUGUGGUAUCUUUCUCGGAAUCGCAUUGUCGAGUAUUUAUAGAGAUAAUAGCCCAACCGCUCUGAUUACGAUUGGUCUGUUAAAUGCUUGCUCGGCCGGAAUGCUCAUCUACAUGGCCCUCGUCGACCUUUUAGCUACAGAGUUCAUGGGAUCAAUGCUCCAAGGUAGCAUCAAACUUCAGAUCAAGUGCUUUGCCGCGGCUUUGUUCGGGGCAGCCGUAAUGUCGGUGGUUGCCAAGUGGGCUUAA